AUGACUACUGAAGUGGAAUUUGCUGAAAAGUACCAGGAUCUUAUUAGAUUCGUGUGUCCCGAGGCGGUUAGUGGGGGGAAUUUACGGGAUUUGAAGACGGCUCCUGGUUUUGCGUUUUCCAAGCUAGAGGACCCUCCAAUAUACAAUAGAAGUAAGGAUGAUAAUAACAGUGAUGAAACAAUUUUGGUGACAUUCAGAAGUUUAAGACCUCCACGAUUCAGCAAGAAAAUUGAGAUGGAUCCAAAUUCAUUGAUUCAUAAAGUCAAGAGAGUUCUACAGAAAGAGUUAGAGAAAGAUCAUAUAAACGUUCAAGUGGAACAGAUAGUACUUAUGCUAAAAACAAAGACCAUUCAUGAUGGCACGACAUUGGAGAGUCUUAAGUCCAAGAAUUCUGAACUUACUCUGAAUGUUCUUAUUUCGAAGGUUAAGGACCAUGACGAGGUCAGUGAGCUUAAAUCAGAGCCUAAAUCAGAGCCUAAAUCAGAGUCCAGAUCGGUGACCGGAUCGGGGACCAAGCUAGAGUCUCCACAAACUCUACAGAAGUUGAGCAAUGAUGCUUGGGGAAAGAUCUAUGCAAUAUUGAAAGAUGAAAUUGAAGACCAAAAGACUCGUAACGAGUAUUACAGAAAACUCAGAGAGGUCGAAUGA